AUGGCUGAGAGCAAGAUUGUUCUGGCCGUGCAUGAUGCUUUCCUGCUACCUAACAAAAUUGCUUUGAAUCGGUUUCAAGGACGCCAUUAUCCUCUCAGCAGUCUUAGCCAUUCCAUUCAGCAACAGAGAUUGCUGCAAUAUUCAUUAAGUAGGAAUAAUAGUAAGAAGAAGUUCAGAGUGAUUAGUCAAAAGGAGAAGCAAAUUGCACCAACAACAAACAUUGAGGGUGAAGAAUCCAUGAAUAAGGAGGCUAUGAUCACUAGCAAUAUUAAGCUGACGGCUCUAGUUGCCGUGAGAAAUAGUAAUCAGAAUAUGGUGAUGAACACUCUCGCAGGCAUGUUCAUGCCCAGAAAAGGUGGUCUUGUUCUUCAGCUUGUCUGUCUUCCUUGUGAGACACCAAAUGGGCUAAAAGAACUCAGAGAAAAUGAACUAAGAUCUUUCAGAGGGGAUGGCAGGGGUCGCAGGUUAACUUCAGACAGGAUCUAUGACUUUGAUGUAUACAAUGAUUUGGGUGAUCCAGAUAAAGGAGAUGAAUAUGCAAGACCAACACUUGGUGGUCCACACAACCCUCAUCCUACACGCUGUCGCACUGGACGUCCACCCACUAUCAAAGAUCCGAAGGCGGAGUCAAGGCCUAUUGAAUCAGAGUCAAUAUACGUACCGAGGGAUGAAGAGUUGGAGGACAUAAAGCGAGAAAGUAUUGAUCAAGGAAAAUUUAUAGGAGUGCUGCGUAAUAUUAUGCCUACUUUCAUGGAUAACAUCAUGGGCAGUGAAGGAGUUUCAAAUGUCGAUUACUUUAUUAAAGAGCCAGGACACUCUGAAUCCAAGUCUCAGCUCCUGCCACAGAUUAUGCCCACUCUAGAAGAUUUUUUUAAAUUUGAUCCUCCUAAGUUGUUUUCAAGGGGAAAAUCACACUUCUUACUUGAUGAUGAAUUUGGACGCCAGGUGCUUGCUGGGUUAAACCCUCUAAGUAUUGAAAGGCUAAAGGUUUUCCCACCUGUAAGCAAACUGGAUCCCUCUAUAUAUGGUUCACUAGAGUCAGCACUUAAAGAAGAACACAUUAAAGGCCACAUUGAAGGGAUGUCUAUCCAACAGGCACUGGAAGAGAAUAAGUUGUUCAUAUUGGACUAUCAUGAUAUUUACCUGCCAUUCGUGGAUCGGAUUAAUGGUCUUGAUGGGCGCAAAGCAUAUGCAACAACCACCAUUUUCUUCCUCACCAAAAUGGGAACUCUGAAACCCAUUGCUAUCGAACUUGCUCUCCCGACAUCCAAGCAGGUUCUAACUCCUCCUGCAGAUCACACCUCCAAUUGGCUCUGGCAACUUGGCAAAGCCCAUGUUUGCUCUAAUGAUGCUGGAGUUCAUACACUUGUGCACCACUGGUUAAGAAUACAUGCAUGCAUGGAACCAUUAAUAAUAGCCGCCCAUCGGCAACUAAGUGUGAUGCAUCCUAUUUUCAAGCUUCUACAUCCCCAUAUGCGAUACACACUCAAGACAAAUUCAAUAACUCGUGAGGUACUCAUCAAUGCCGAAGGUAACAUUGAGGCAAACUUCACUCCUGGGAAAUACUGCAUGCAAAUUACUUGUGCUGCCUACAAAGACUGGUGGCGUUUUGACAUGGAAGGCCUUCCUGCUGAUCUUAUAAGAAGAGGUUUAGCAGUUCUGGAUGCAACCCAGCCUCAUGGCAUUAGACUUCUUAUUGAAGAUUAUCCUUAUGCAGUUGAUGGACUCCUCAUAUGGUUCAGCAUAGAGAAGUUGGUUCAAACCUAUGUGAACCAUUACUACAAAGGUUCCAAUGAUGUUUCUGCUGACAAUGAACUCCAAUCAUGGUACAAAGAAUACAUCAAUCUUGGACACCCUGAUCAUAAAAAUGCUAGUUGGUGGCCAAAACUUGCCACCAAUAAGGAUCUCAUCUCAAUGCUUACCGCCAUUAUCUGGAUUGUGACAGCGCAGCAUGCUGUCUUGAACUUUAGUCAAUACCCCUAUGGCGGAUAUGUUCCAAUCCGUUCACCAUUAAUGCGAAAACUACUUCCCAAUGAGGAGGAUUCUGAUUACUCAGUUUUUAUGAUGGAUCCACAGAGAUACUUCCUGUCAUCAAUGCCAAGUUUAUUUCAGGCAACAAGGUUCAUGGCUGUGAUCAACAUAGGUUCAGCACACUCCCCUGAUGAGGAAUAUAUAGGAGACAGAAAUGACAUCUCUUCUUGGUCAGGAGACCCUGAGAUCAUUGAGGCAUUUUGGCAAUUUUCAAUGGACAUGAAAAAUAUUGAGAUGGAGAUUGAGAAAAGAAACACUGAUCCAAAACUUAGGAACAGGUGCGGUGUUGGGGUUUCACCGUAUGAACAGCUUAUGCCAAGCUCAGGAUGUGGAGCCACUGGACGAGGGGUGCCAAAUAGUGUAACAGCCUAGUAAUUGAAUAUGUUGACAUGCCAGGAACUAAAACAAUGCUCUAUUAUGCUUCAACUUAUGUGGACUAAAAUGGAUUCGAGAUUCGGUACCCUGUAAACAGCCAACAAUAAAAUAA